CCCGGACCCACAGCCGCGGCGCUCCUCCUCCGAGUUGACGCGCCCCCCAGCUUCCGCUUCCGCCUAGCCCCCAGCGCGCGCGCGCAGUCUCAGAUCCCCCCCUCCUCCAGAGAGGAGAGGCGGUGGCUUUCAGCACUCUGCGCAAAUUGGACCUGGCCUGUUGGGAAGGGUGAGCCCCGAGAGCCAAUGAGAAGUCCGGAGGCGGGGCCUGUCCAAUGAGCGCGAGGCGGGGGCGGGCCCUGCGUUGCCACGGCGCCGAGCUACGGGUGCCGGCAGGGGAGGGCGGUGUCGGCAUGUGUCUCCUGUUAGGGGCCGCGGGCGUCGGGAAGACGCUGCUGGUGAAGCGACUGCAGAAGCUGAGCGCCCAUGACGGGAAGGGCGACCUGGGGGACCCUCCCCCGACGCGGCCCACGGUGGGCACUAACCUCACCAACAUCGUGGUCCAGAAGAUCACCAUCAGGGAGCUAGGGGGGUGCAUGAGCCCCAUCUGGCCCAGUUACUACGGAAACUGCCAUGCUCUCCUGUUUGUGCUGGAUGCCUCUGACCCCACACAGCUGUCUGUGUCCUGUUCGCAGCUCCUGGGUCUCCUUUCAGCAGAACAACUUGCAGAAGCAUCUGUCCUUAUACUCUUCAAUAAAAUCGACCUGCCCUGUUACGUGAGUGUGGAGGAGUUGAAGUCAUUAAUGAGGCUCCCAGAUAUCAUCGCCUGUGCCAAACAGAACAUCACCACAGCGGAAAUCAGUGCACGCAAAGGCACUGGCUUGGCAGGGGUUCUGCGCUGGCUCCAGGACACCCACAGAGCCAGCUGUUGAUGGCCAGGUGGGGCGACUUGACUGGCUCGCUCUGUGGUGGGGCCGAGGGGGAUGCUACAAGGGCUCCACGGUUGGUUCUUGUAGGGGCAGAAUGACCCUUGUGAGCCUGAGAAGACAGUUCUGUGCUGAGUUGCAGUGAUAGGUAAACUGAAGUACUAGACACUUGUCCUCAGAUUGCUCUCACUGAAGAGACUAUCCCUGAGGCUGGGAGAGGAGGAUAGGCCUCGUGGGCAGCUCGUCCUGCUGCCAUCCUUGGUAGCACCAUCUGGGGGCUCUGCGGUUUGCUCCCCAUGCUGGGAGCAAAUCUUGUUCAGAACAGUGCCCUAAGUCCUUGCCUCACAAACUCCAAACUCUGUGUCUUUGUGCGGACCAUGUGUCCCCACAGAAGACCUGAGGUGGAUGGUGUGAUGUCCCUGUUGGAAACGAGAGUCAUGUGCCCACGCGGUUGUUGGUUCAGUAAAUGUUUAUUCAGUGCCUGCCAGGUGCCAGCCCUAGGAGCUGUAGGCGUACAGGGUUCUGUGGCUCUAGGGACGGGGCGCGGAGAUGUUCGGAAGCAGUCCAGGAAGAAGAUGGCAAGUUCUUUAGCAGGUCUUCAGUGAGGGCCGUCCCCCCGUGGGCUCAUAACAUGAAAAGCUGAGGUGUCCCUGUGUCUUGAGAGAUGUUUUUUGCAAAUAGAUGUUAUUUGUUGCCCAACUGCUAGAGUGUUGAACAUCAUGAUUUGCCCUGUGUUCCCACCGUUAUUUUAUUUUAUGGUUAAAAGUUCAAGUUGUACCACCAGUUGUACCACCAGCCGUGUAGGACACAGCAGACCUGGCCCCAGCCCUCCUCACCCUGAGGAUCCCUUUUAUUCCCUCUAGCUCUUCCAUUCUCUCCUAAGACCCACCUCCACAGCCCUCAGCAGCCCACCCCCAGUGCUAGCCCACGGGCACAAUGGCUCCAAGCUGGGCAGGAGCUACUGAGCGCAGUUGUGGCCCCGGCACCACCCUUACGUCCCCUCCCCACCGUCCCCACAUUGCCAUCACCAUUUCGUUAAUUCAGGUGCAGUGUCUGCAUUGUUGUGACCACGGAAAUACUGUCCACAGUAACGCUUCCUGGCGUGCUGUGAGGACCUUUCUUUUCUGAUACGAUUUAUCUUUUUUGAAUUGCUCUAUUCAUUCCUUUGCCUAGUUUUUGCAGUCCUCACCUCCAACUCAGCACCAAACAGUCCACCAGAACUCUAAAACCUUCAUACUGUUAAGCACAUGAGGUGUUUCGUCCAUUUUUGUCUUGGACACUUCCCUUCAUGGGCCCCUCUGUCCCCUGCUCCAGUCUGGUGGUAGACAUUCAGUCUCUGGGCCAUGGGCACUGGUCAGGAAAAAAGAGAAAAGACACAAGCUACUAAUACCUGAGAUAAGCAAGGUGACAUCAUUACAGAGUCUACGGAUACUACAAGGAUAUAAAGGAAUAUGAUGAGCACCUUUAUGUCAAUAAGUUCAUCCCCUUAAACAAAAUGGACACGUUCUUUGAAAAGAAAAAUGACCACAGCUCAGUCAAGAAGAAACAACCUGGGUCACUCUAUAUCUUUUUUAAAAUUUGAGUUUGUAGUUAAAAACCUUUCAACAAAGAAAACUCCAGGCCCAGAUAACCUCACUGAUGGUUCUGCAAGACCAUUAAAAAAAAAAAAAAAAACUCAUUUCAAUUAAAAAUUAAACAGAAAUGUUAACAAACCUACACAAACCAUUUAAUUGACCUUGAAAAAGUUUUUUAUUAUACAUGUUUAUUAUACAUAAUGUUAAGGAAUUUUAAACUGGAAAAU